GGCAGCACCUAGUGUGUCUGCAUGCUUUCGUCUGUUAAUUCAGUGAUUUGAGAAGCAAAAGGACUCAUCACAUUUCACUGUAAACACAAGUCCUUUAGUGUAUUGGAAACUCCAGAAACUGUACUUAUUCCAAUUCAGCCGUGUUUUGAGUGGAUCCACGUGAGGCAUCUAUCAGGCCUGGUUGGACCCCAUUCUACUGCUCUGUAAAUUACUCCUCUCCUGCCUUCGCCCCUGGGCCAUGUUACAUCAGAGUGUAGCAGCUACAGUAUGAGCGUAACUCCAUCCACCGCACUGGACAGCCAGGUGAACACUACCUGGGGCCCAUCUAACUCCUAUCCUGAUGUUCCAAUGAUGAUGUCUGGAUACACAAGUCGCCUGUGGUCUCGUGACUCCCAGCCUCAGUUCUGGACAAAGUACCAGGUGUGGGAGUGGCUGCAACAGGUCAUGGACAUGCACCAGAUUGAUGCCUCCAACAUUCCCUUCCAAAACUUUGAUAUGGACGGCCAUCAGCUCUGCAGUCUGAGCUACCAGGACUUCAUCCGUGCUGCAGGCAGCGUGGGACCCAUUCUCUUCCACAGCAUCACAGAACUCAAGUGGGGCGGUCAGUACCAUGUGGAAAUAGGGCAACUGGAACUCAAACCAGAAUUAGACUUCUCCUGUCCAUUUCCAGAUGUCAGCUAUCCACCUGGAGAAAUCUAUGAUCCCUCAAUUCACCCCCUUGCACCUGUUGCUUCUCCAACCCCGUCUAGCCCUGAUAUCAAAAGGUCUUUCAGCCGUCCUCAUCAGGUCAAAAAGCAUAACCCAAGAGGGACCCACUUGUGGGAGUUCAUCAGGGACAUUCUGCUGAACCCAGAGCGAAACCCAGGACUGAUCAAGUGGGAGGAUCGAACAGAGGGGGUUUUUCGUUUCCUUAAGUCAGAGGCGGUGGCACAGCUAUGGGGCAAGAAGAAGAAUAACAGUAGCAUGACCUACGAGAAACUAAGUCGGGCAAUGAGAUAUUACUACAAAAGAGAAAUCCUAGAGCGAGUAGACGGACGCAGACUCGUUUACAAGUUUGGAAGGAAUGCAAGAGGAUGGAGGGAGUCAGAGAAGUGACAAUUUCAUUAAUUUAUGUUUUCUUUGGUUGCUGUAUUCAAAUGUGAUGUUUUAUUGUAGUUGUCAAUGACCGUUUUUUUGCUAAACAUUUGUUUGAACUGUUUACACGUUGUUGGUAAUUGUUAUUUUUCUUUAAAUUCAUCCUUUUGUUGUGACACUGCACUGAAAUGUUCUUUAUUGUGCCUUAAUAUCAUGCCCACAUGACAGCAGUCAAACCUGUGUUUACAUAAGAACCCACUGGAAAAA